AUGAGUGCACGCCACCUGAUCAGCAAAGUAUUCAAUUCCCACAUUCUCAAGUCGCUCAUUAGCAGCCUUUCGGGGACCCUUGCUUCGGUCUUUUUCAAAAAGGCAUCAGAUGUGUCUAUUUUUCAUACCAAUUCGGACAGAGCAAGUAUAUCAUGGAGCGUGGAAAUUGGGAUGAGAAUAAUUUACCUAUUGCUGUUUUUCAUUUCCAACAUGUUGAUGCUUAGAUAUUACCUCUUGUUGAUGAAGCACUACUCGGCUUUCCUUGCGACCAUUCUCAAUUUUGUUUUUAAUUUUUUUUUAAGUGCUAUAAUGGGUGUACUUUUCUUCAAUGAGAAGAGAGACUCCUAUUGGCUGCUAGGAGGACUUCUCAUCAUCAUCGGUUUAGUACUUAUUAUAGCUGAUGCAGCAAAUGAAGAAAAGAAAAAAACAUAA